GACACAGCAGUGUCGUGUGCGCUGAUUGGUCAGUUGUGUAUGUACGUGUCAGUGGAAAUAAAAACUUGAGCUGCAUCUCAUCGGUUUAAUGUUUAAUCAUGGAGUCGUUUUAGUUAUUCUUUUAGCAAAAUAACGACAACCACGGUUGCAAUGGAGCAGAGCAUCCAGAAUCUCCCUAUUGACAUCCAAACCAGUAAACUCUUGGACUGGUUGGUGGACCGGAGGCACUGCACACUGAAAUGGCAAAGCGCAGUUAUGACCAUUAGAGAGAAAAUCAAUGCUGCCAUUCAGGAUAUGCCAGAAAAUGAGGAGAUCAAACAACUGCUCUCCGGCUCAUAUAUUCACUAUUUCCAUUGCUUACAAAUAAUUGAAAUAUUGAAAGGAACAGAAGCGUCCACCAAAAAUAUUUUUGGCAGAUAUUCAUCACAAAGGAUGAAGGACUGGCAAGAGAUAGUGUCCAUGUAUGAAAAAGACAAUGUCUAUUUAGCUGAAGUGGCCAGUAUAUUGAUUCGUAGUGUAAGUUAUGAAGGUCCUGCUCUAAGGAAGCAGGUGUCUAAAGCUCAGCAGCUCCAGCAGGAACUGAGCCGACGGGAACUGGAGUGUCAAAGUGGUGCCGCCGACAUGAGGGAACGCUAUUAUGCUGCCUGUAAACAGUAUGGGAUAAGGGGGGAAAAUGUGGCAAGGGAGAUACAAGCACUGGUUAAAGAUCUGCCUGUAGUUUUAGAAGAAACUGGUAAAAAAGCAGCCUGUCUGAAGGAAGCUAUAGAGUUUUACUCAGCCUUCACAAACUUUAUCAGUGACUGGUCUGAGGUUGUACUGCCCAUGCUGAGGUUUGUCCAGAGCAAAGGAAACACAACUUUAUAUGAGUGGAAGACAGGAAAUGUGCCCACGGUUGUAGAGAGACCUGAAAUGGAGGAAGCUCCACCUGAUGUUGUCACAGAGGAGACUAUUGACUGGGGUGACCUUGGCGGCGGUGCUGGUACUGAAGAGGUUAAUUUUGGGAUCUCUGUUGAGGAUGGUGUGGACUGGGGUGUUAGUCUCGAGUCUGGCACUGAGGAAACAGUUGCGGGUGGUAUUGACUGGGGAGAAUCUGAAUCUGCCCUUGUGGAAAUCGAAGUUGUGGAUGUGGGCACAGACUGUCCUGACGGUGUUGCCAGAGGUGAAGAUGCUCUUUCUCUUCUGGAAAACUCACAGACACGUAUCCAGUUCAUAAACGAGCUGAUGGAGCUGGAAAUGUUCCUGUGUCAGCGGGUCAGUGAGAUGCACGAAGAAGGUGAUUUGGUGGCCAUGAGUCAGUUCCAGCUCGCUCCCUCAGUGAUCCAGGCUCAGACUCCCGAGCGUGUGCAGGUCAUGCUGGCAGAGGUGCGUGAGCUGCUGAAUGGGCUCACCUCAGUACGAAUGCAGCAUCUCUUCAUGAUCCAAGCGUCACCACGCUACGUGGAGCGUGUUUCCGAGUUACUGCGGCAGAAACUCAAGCAGGCUGAUAUCUUGGUGUUGAAGCGUGGCACGCUGGCUGAAAAGCAACAGGAGGCUCUGGAAGAACAGGCCAAGCUGGAGCCACGCAUUGAUCUGCUGGCUGCACGCACCAAGGAGCUCCAGAAACUGAUUGAAGCUGACAUCUCAAAAAGAUACAACAACCGGCCUGUCAACCUCAUGGGAGUUCAAGUGUGACCAAGAGUAUUUACAUGCUGCACAGAUGUAUAAUUUCAUAAAUAAAUUUUUUCUCAUUUAAAUCA